AGUUUGAACUAUCGUACUCGCAAACGGCAGGACUUUGAAAGCCCUGCUCGUUCUCUGUCAGCUCCUGUGGGACUGAGAGGCAACACACAAAACAAUGAGCGACCACUCUCCGCCAGGUUUUGUCCUCUCCCUGAUCUUGGUGGCCCUUUUUAUCCCGCCUACAGCCACAAACUUUACAUUACCCUGGUUCAUCAAUGUUUUGUUUCCACCAGUGGGUCCAGAAGAUGUAAACGCCGUGCAGUAUGAUGUGCCACCCCUGAUCAUCGUGCCUGGUCACACGGGGAACCGCCUGGAGGCGAAGCUGAACAAACCAGCCGUGGUGCACUGGCUAUGCGUGAGGAACACCAAGAAGUACUUCACACUGUGGCUCAACCUCAACACAUUCCUGCCCAUUGGAAUUGACUGCUGGGUAGACAACAUGAGACUUGUCUACAACAGGACAACAGGCAGGAAUUCCAAUGCACCCGGGGUUACGACCCACGUUCCUGGUUUUGGGAAGACCUAUUCGGUGGAAUAUCUGGAUACACUGAAGCUAACAGGUUAUUUUCACACGUUGGUGCAGUUCUUGGUAAACAUGGGCUACACUCGUGACGAGACUGUUCGAGCGGCCCCCUAUGACUGGAGAAUGGCAGCGUAUGAGCAGGAGGAAUAUUUCGACAAACUGAAGAAGCUGAUCGAGGAAAUGCGGGUGACCUACGGGAAGCCGGUCUACCUGUUGGGCCACAGUAUGGGGAACCUGUACAUCUUGCACUUCCUCAAGCAGCAGCCUCAAGAAUGGAAGGACGAGUUUGUUCAGGCGGUCAUCUCACUGGGAGCCCCAUGGGGCGGCACCGUCAAAUCCCUCGCUGUGCUCGCUUCAGGGGACAACUACGGCCUGGCGCUUGACCCCCUGAAGGUGCGGGAGCAGCAACGCACAACGUCAAGCAACCCCUGGCUGCUUCCCUCAAGACGUGCAUGGCCAGAAGAUCACAUCUUCAUCUCCACACCCACGUACAACUACACCUACAAUGACUACAGAUUGUUCUUCACUGACAUCGGGUAUGAAGACGGCUGGCACAAGUGGCAAAACGGAAAAGAUCUUCUAUCUGACCUGCCUCCACCAGGGGUAGAAGUUUACUGCCUGUACGGAGCAGGUUUGCCGACACCGGUGACUUACGUAUACGAUGAAGGCUUCCCCUCCAGCCAGCCAGUGAAGAUUGUUUAUCAGACUGGUGACAAUACCGUCAGCAAGAACAGCUUGUCACUGUGCAGAGAGUGGAAGGACCAGCAAAAGGAGAAGGUUCAUGUUAUAGAAUUGCCCGGCACUCUCCAUUUAGACCAGAUUUAUGAGGUCCACGCUUUAGAAAACAUUAAAAAUAUAUUGCUGCGAAAUCAUUCCCAGAGACAGACCGAUUCCAGGAGGUAGAUACGUUUUCUCUUGAGAUAGGUCGUUCCGAUUCACACACUACAAGCCUUCGGAUUCAGACUGCAAGCAAUUUCCCUGAGAGUGGACAAAGGCCCUUACAUGGAGUAAUCAUAGUUUUACUUCUAUCCUAAGCUGUUUAUGCACUGGAAUUUUGAAAUUAUUAAAGGUCGUGUUGAUUUAAA